AUGGCUGCAAACGUGCAGGAGGAAUUCAAGUGCCCGGAGUGCGAUGUACGCACAUCGCAUAAAGCACUACUAGAGCAUCUCUGGGUGCAUCGCGGGACGCAAUUCUCAAACCAACAUGAUAGGACCCACAAAUGUCCUUAUCCAGAUUGUGGCACAUCCUUAACUCGAUCAUCUGGUUUGACGCUUCACUUCAAAGCACACAUCGGCAUGAAGGACCAGGUCUGUCCGCAUUUGACUGAUUCUCGUCCGGGGAAUAGGUCUCUCUGCGGGUUCAAAACUGUCUACUCAAGGUCAUUGGGUAAACACCGGGAGACUAUACAUGGCUGGAAUAAGAUCACAUUGCGCUCGGUAGACCCCUGGAUGGACGACUUGACUGGAAACAUCGAGGUCGCCGAGCUGAAAGGCGGUGAUGUGACUUGGGAAGAAGUACUCGAUGAUGAAUCUGAUACUGGCUCUGCUACCGGUUCCGAGCGUGAAUCGUGUAGGAUUCAUCGGUGGAUCAAGGAUGUUGCUCAUCAUCGAGAAGCAGGCGAUCUGCAUGAUGAAACAGCAGGUCCAUUGGCUCAGAAUCCUAUUCCUAGAGCUCUUACUACCACACUUCCAACCAUUCUUAGCGAAGAAUAUCUGAGACGGGUUGGGUACGAACGGGUCUGGUAUUACCAAUAUGGAUGGAUCUGGCAGCUCAAAUAAGAGAUGGUGAAGUGACAGGAAUUCACGCAUCGCAUACUUCCUCUGUUUUGAGCGAUCAACCACAAGUCUUUCCAAUGAUAUCAGAAUAUACAAAGUUCCGUCUGGUUUCUAUCUUCGCUAGCUGGUGCAUCUCUUUCAGGCCAUCAAUACGUCAACAUUCUUCUUUCGUCCCAGUCGAGUAUCACGAUUCCCCUUAUGUCCUAUGUCCUAAGAUUAUGCAUACAUUUCUUGCCCGAAUUGUGUCUAUUUUCGCCCACGAAUAUGAUGUAAAUUUCACCUUGCC